AACUUUCCCUUUAAGACUGUCAGAGCCGGGGAGGCCGGCCAAGCCUGGGCUGGAGGUGGGGACAGAGGGAAGAAAGGGAAAAAAGAGAGAGAGAGAGGCAGGAAAAGUUUUUUUCAGAGGAAAAUGCAGGGUUUGUCCCUACCCCUGACGUCAGAUCUUGCUUUCAUAAAACCCCCCGAGGGCUGCGGGAAGAGCCGUAGCUGGUGCUCCUGAUGGGCUGGCCAGUCUCAGCCCAGCCGGCCCGAGAGGUGGCGGGUCUUCUGGGCUCUCGGUCGAUGCCGUUGCCACUGACUUCCAGGCAUGAGGUGGUUCCUGCCCUGGACGCUGGCAGUAGUGACCGCAGCAGCCGCCGCGGGCAGCGCCCUGGCCACGGCCCCGUCUCCAGCCCCCACGGCCAUGGCCUUCACCCCGGCGCCCCCGGAGGACACGUCGUCACGCCCCCAAUUCUGCAAGUGGCCGUGCGAGUGCCCGCCGUCCCCACCCCGCUGCCCGCUGGGGGUCAGCCUCAUCACCGAUGGCUGCGAGUGCUGUAAGGUGUGCGCCCAGCAGCUGGGGGACAACUGCACCGAGGCCGCCACCUGCGACCCCCACCGGGGCCUCUACUGCGACUACAGCGGGGACCGCCCGAGGUACGCAAUAGGAGUGUGUGCACAGCUGGUCGGCGUGGGCUGCGUCCUGGACGGGGUGCGCUACAACAACGGCCAGUCCUUCCAGCCCAGCUGCAAGUUCAACUGCACGUGUGUGGACGGCGCGGUGGGCUGCACGCCGCUGUGCCUCCGAGUGCGCCCCCCGCGCCUCUGGUGCCACCACCCGCGGCGGGUCAGCCUGCCCGGCCGCUGCUGUGAGCAGUGGGUGUGCGACGACGAGGCCAGGAGGCUGCGCAAGACAGCGCCACGCCACACGGGAGCCCUAGUGGCCGAGGGUGAGCUGGAGCCCUGGCACAGGAACUGCGUGGCCCACGUGAGCCCCUGGAGCCCCUGCUCCACCAGCUGCGGCCUGGGCAUCUCCACGCGGGUCUCCAACGCCAACGCCCACUGCCGGCCCGCGCAGGAGAGCCGCCUCUGCAACCUGCGGCCCUGUGACGCGGACAUCCGUCCCCUCAUCAAGGAAGGGAAGAAGUGUCUGGCCGUAUACCAGCCAGAGGCGCCCGUGAACUUCACCCUCGCCGGCUGCGUCAGCACACGCGUCUACCGGCCCAAGUACUGCGGGGUCUGCACGGACAACAGGUGCUGCAUCCCCUACAAGUCCAAGACCAUCAGCGUCUCCUUCCAGUGCCCCGACGGGCCUGGCUUCUCCCGCCAGGUGCUCUGGAUUAAUGCCUGCUUCUGCAACCUGACCUGUCGGAACCCCAACGACAUCUUUGCUGAUUUGGACUUCUACCCCGACUUCUCAGAAAUCGCCAACUAGGCAGGCACCCAGCACAGCCCUCGGGUCCUGCCCAGUGCUGGCAAAGCAGCCAGCCCCUGGGGUCCCCCCAUUGAGCCUGCUCUCGUCCACUUCCCAUUUGUUUCUAAUGACCCUGACCCAGACCUGUGGCCCCUUUCCUGCCUCCGACCACCCGGAUGAUGCGCCGUGCUGCCGCUCAGGCCCAGACUGCGCGCCCCAUCCUUGCCCGAGUUCUGAACGUGCUCCGGAGGAAGUGCCUGUCUCCGCCUGUCGUGGACAACGCCGUGGAGGCCUGAUCCGGCUUG